AGAUUCGAGGGGGGGACGCGUCAGCAUCAAAGGGAGGGCGCCCGACGGGGAAAGCUUGACACGUCAGCAAAAGGUUAGCGUUUCGCGCUGCAGUGUAAAGGCCAUAACUCACAGCAGGACUUUUCUACAGGGUUCUGGACGUGAUGGUGGUCGGGUACAUCCGGGUCCGGUCGUAAUUGCGAUCAGAUGCAUAUAAGAUAGUGAUAGUGUGAGUAUGCUAGCGUUCGAGUGUUCAUGAAUGUGGGGGUGGGUGGUGGACGCAUAUGGUUGCCGUGGGAUCUGAUCGAUGUUAUCUUUUUCAGGUUUUCGCAUUGUGAGGGGCUGCAGGGCUAAACCGUGGACAUCUGCCUCCGGUGGAACAAAGAAAAUGCCAGUGCCGCUGGUUGGCAAACUUAUUCUGUUUUCAAUUGCGAAGAAAGUGACCAUCUUUCUGGUUGCGAAGACAUAUGGGUUUCCGCGUUUGUAUAGACGGACUGCUGAGGUGAACCGGUUCAUCAAUCGGCACAACCCGAGACGACGCGAAAAUGUCCGAAGCUUCAUUCAGGGGGUGUUUCGCCUACCUCGCCGUGCCUGCGAGAAGUUCAGCCAGAUUCGAUCCACGAGAAUUCCAUUUGGUGUCCCAAAAUCUCUCAGUUUCAGCACUAAGGCGCGGCUGCCAACCUCGGGUCCAUUUGUCCAAUUGUCAGCGUUAGCUGAACAGCGUCCAGAUUUGAGAUGCAGAAGCACGUUGAUUUCGCAGAACGUCACUAGUCGAGUAUUUGCUGCUGCUGGUCGGAGGGAGGCUGUCCCUUCCAGCAGGGACCAAGCAACCGUGCAACAUCUGAGGGGCUGUAGUCUCUUCUCCUCUACAGGUGCCAGCGUGGCACGAUGGCCUACCUCGGCACUUUCAGAUGGUACACGCGAUGUUCCUCAUGUAUCCGGUGGGACCGGUGGGACUUGCAGAUCUACGGCGGUUCCGUAUUUCGCAGCGGGAAAUAGAGGAAACCUGCCAACCAAGGUGCAGACGCAUGCGCCUAUCCCUGUAUCGUCUACUCACGCUCGGCAUUUGUUGAGUUAUGCGCUGUUCGGAAGAGCGCCGGCGGUUCUGGUGCCUCGUCUGCAUGCGCUGCAGAAUAAACUCUUUCCCGAAAAACAGACAAGCGACGAUGAAGUUACGGCAACUUACCAGAGGAGGGCAGAACAGCGCCGAAAUAAGAAUAUGCUCGCAGGAACGGCUGCGGGGACCGCUUAUCAAUGGACAAGGGGUGCGAGGAGGCUUGGAUUACAACAGCUGCUUGAGCUUUCGAGGAGUCACUGUGGGGCUUUGUCAACCGCAAGUGGAACGAUGACAUGAGGCGGACUUUGUUGUUUUCCUCCGUGUUUUGGAAGAGAGGGGGGCAAGGGAGGGGAGAGGGGGGGGCGGACUUUGUUGUUUUCCUCCGUGUUUUGGAAGAGAGGGGGGCAAGGGAGGAGUCACUGCCGAGAUGAAGUGACAGAUGGUUAACAGAGCCCUAAAAUUUCAGCAUUGUUUCACGGCCGUUAUAAACCAAACCCCAACACCUUCUGAUUCUGAACCAAAAGAACUUUUGCGGAUUGGGAUGUGAUCGCAUGCCGAGGCGGACUGAUGUGUCAAGAACCGGUUGGCUUUUCCGCCAGCCUGCCAAGGGCUUGGAUUGGUUACCCCUCCCUUCACCUCGGGACCAGAACGAUCCAUGAGCUCCAAGCGAUGUCCAGCCGCUUCUGUCCUACUGAAGGGUCUGACUGGUGAGGUUGAUGGCUGUGUCGAAUGGGUCGACCGUUUGCCUACCGGUUCCCGAGUGACUGAGAGCUUGGUUGACGAGAUCCAACCAUGACCGGUGGAUCAGGAUCGCCUACUGCAGUGAGACCGCACGCAGGCGAAACACAAAAAGAAAGUAACCCGGGUGAGUUACGAGUGUAGACCGUUUGCUGAUCGGUCCACCCGAGCAAUUGACAGCUUGGUUGACGAGAUCCAACAAUGACCAGUCGAUCAGGAUCGUCAACUGCAGUGAAAUGGUACGCAGGCAAAACACAGAAAGAAAGUAACUGCGGUAACUUACGAGUGUUGUCCAGGUACUUGUGUCCUACCCAGUCCAGGUGUACAAGUCUCGGCGUGUUUCCCCCCCCCCCCCUUCUGACCACUGAAGAAUGGAUGCUUUUGAGCGUUUGCUGGCCAGUCGGAGGAUCAGUUCGUAAAGGCCGUUAGAUUUUGAUUGAUAGAUCGAUUGCCUGUUGCUUUGCUUGCUUUGUUUAGCUGAGAAAGUUACUGGUGGUUUGAAAUUGGAGCCGUGCUUUUUUGUUUUUUUUGGGGGGGGGUGGGGGGCGCUGUUUGAGGUAUAUCCACCUCCGGUAACCUGAUAUGGCCGGCUGCAUUUCAACGACGCACUCUCACACACUUGUAAAAACGUUUUUUGAACUUCUUUUCACAAUGGGCGACCUGUGGGACCGUGCAAAAGGAGAAUGGUGGGCUGCGACCGACCUCGAACAUAAACUAAGACAGAGAAAACCCUAGAGGAAAAAUUGAAUAAGUAAAAGAGGCCAUCCCUA